ACACUCACCAGAUUCGGCUUUUCUUGCGAGACAGACUUCAGCUAUAAGUACACGGCUCGAACGUAUGAACAGAUCCACACAUUCACCACAGUAAUUGAUAUCAUUACCGCGCACAACCAUCUACAGUUCAACACCGCGACAAUGGCUCUUCACACCGCGAGAGCCUCCGUUGUGCCCCAGGCUGAUCUUGAGUCCUUUCAAGCGUGCCUGAACUCUUCAACUAGAGUUAUAGCCCUUCUCGGUGCCGGUCUCUCUGCUUCGUCUGGCCUUCCCACUUUCCGAGGCGCUGGCGGUCUAUGGAGGACUCACGAUGCCACAGACCUCGCCACCCCACAAGCUUUCUCCCAAAACCCCGGUCUGGUAUGGCAAUUCUACAGCUACCGAAGACACAUGGCCCUUCAAGCGAAGCCAAACCCGGCUCACUAUGCCCUGGCCGAGUUGGCUCGCCGAAAGGACGGAUUCAUGACCUUGAGUCAAAAUGUAGACGGUCUUUCACCGCGGGCCAACCACCCCGAAGACAAACUCAAAUUGCUACACGGAUCUCUCUUCAAUGUCAAGUGCUCCGACUUCUUCUGCAAUUACUUCGAAUCUAACAACUACACCGACCCUAUCGUGCCCGCCCUCGCAUUACCCACCCAGAAUGGCUCCGACCCAACCACUACCGAAGCCCUAGCCAACCGCGAGCUCGACAUCUCAGACGAGCGAGUAUCUAUUCCGGAGCUCGAUCACUCGCACCUUCCCAAAUGUCCCCGAUGCCAACAUGGCUUGCUUAGGCCCGGCGUCGUGUGGUUCGGCGAGGCACUACCCAAGCAGGUCAUUGGCGACAUCACCAGUUGGAUGGCCGACAGCGAGAAGAUUGACCUGAUCAUGGUGAUUGGCACCAGUGCUAAGGUGUACCCAGCGGCUGCAUACGUUGAUUCGGCCAGGGCAAAGGGGGCCAGGGUUGCCGUUGUCAACAUGGACAGGAAUGAUGAACCUGCGAGUGGGAUGCGUGACGGUGAUUGGUUCUUUCAGGGAGACGCCGCACAGAUCCUACCUGAGAUUCUGAAGAGCGUGAUCGGGGAGGUCAACACGGAUGAGGAUGCAGCGUCUUCGGCGCAGCCUACUUGA